AUGGGAAAUAAACUUGAUAGUAAAACUCAGCUACAACGGCGAAAAAUUGAGCAUUCACAAGAGGGUGUAGCUAGUGAAUUUUAUUGGGCAUGUCGUACUGGUGAUAUUGAGCUAGUUAAAGCGAUGAUACCAUACAUACCAUAUGAUCAACUAAACCAAUUAGAACCUAAUGGUAGUACACCCCUCCAUGCAGCUUCGUUUUUCUGUCAUGCUGAUGUUGUUCGCCUGCUUUUACACGACUAUGGUGUUCAAAGAUACUAUCUGAACCGGCAUGGUCUAUCUGCUUAUGAAGAAGCACAAACAGAGGAAAUAAAACAAAUAUUUCGACGACCAUCAAAUCGGUUUUUCGAUGUAGAAGAGACUAUUGAAGACAUAUUCGAUAUUCUCUCUGUAAAAUCAAAUGAAAUAGACAACAAUAAUAGCGAUUCAGCUAGUGAAGAUGAUAAUGAAGAAAACACAAAUGAAACUCCGAGUACAUGGAUUCAAGGUUUUCGAACAAAAGAAGAAAUAAAACAAGAAAAAUACUACUAUUGCAAAGGUAAGGCUUUAAUCCAAUCAAGAAUUGGUCGAUUUAUUAUGCGAAAUGGGCCCAAGUUUUGCAGUCACUGUCGAAAAAAUAAAGAAGUCAUGAGUGAAUUUAUUUCUUAUUUCAAUGAUCGAGAAUUUCGGGUAAAUAAAUUGCAAGCCAUUGUUGAUGAAUAUGUAACACCAGAUCAUCCUGAGUAUAAUAAAUGUAAAGAAUUAUUGGAUGAUUACUCAGAACAAGAAAGUGUUUGUUCUCUACUAAAACUUUAUACAUUAGAAACUGAAUUUUAUAAAAAAAUUAAAAAAAGUUGUCAAGCUAUUGCUUGGUCAUUAUAUAUAAUAUUACCUGAUUUAAAAGAACGAUAUUAUCAAGGCUUAUCUUACCGUGGUUUACAAAUGACAGAAAAAGAUCUUCAAGAGUACCGAUGGGCAUUGAAAAAUCCAGACAGCCUUAUUAAAACAAAAACAUUUUCAUCUACAUCAAUAGAGCGUGCCGAAGCUGAAAAAUUUGCUUGCACAUCAGAUCCGAAUCAAUUAAGUGUUUUAAUGAUAUUUCAUUUUCCUCAAGUCUCAGAUAUGGCAAUCAAUUUAGGACAAAUAGAGGAUAACAAGUUACGUGCUGUAUCUGAAUAUGAAAAUGAAAAAGAAGUUUUGAUUCUUCCACAGACAUUUUUCCGUGUUCAAAAUGUUGAAUUCGAUACGGAAAAACAUCAAUAUGCAAUUUAUUUAGAAAAUCUUGCAUUACAUAAAAGCUCACUGAUCAGUGCAUUGAAGUUUAUGAUUUAUCGAGAUGAAGAAACAAAAUUAACGGCUUACUAUACUGAAAACAGAUUUUGA